CGCCCGUUAUCAGUAGUGAGCAGAGCAGUAGAUGCUCUUAAUAAAAGAGUUUUUGAUUUCUUCUUUCCUCAUCCUAAAACCCUAAUUUUCCCUUUCAGGGAGGAAAAAAAAGAUCCGACAUCUCUUCAUCAUCUUCACACUAAAGACCCCGGCAGUAGUCUUGGCGACGAACGCACUAUAAUUUUCGAAAACCCUUGAUAAAAAUAAUGUUUCAGUAACCAAAUCGUUUUCUUGAUUCAGAACUCUACUUUCAGUUCUCCGAUUUGAAGUAUACAUUCAAACAAUGGCGGAAACAGCGGAAGUGUUCAAGUGCGUUUCUGAAAAAGUAUCUACCUCAUCUACUAAACAACGAGUUCGGAUCUUUCGAAAUGAUUUAAAAUCGAUCGUAAACGGUUCAGAGAUGUCAGCUGAUACUGCAUCACAGUUGGUUGAUAUCAUUUUCCAAACUCUGUUUGUGUAUGAUGAUCACGAGUCAAGAAAAUCUGUUGAUGAUGUAAUUGCCAAGGGUUUAGGUGAAGUCACCUUUAUGAAGAGCUUUGCUUCCACCCUAAUUCAGACCAUUGAAAGGCAACUCAAGGUCAAGUCUCAUGUUGGAUGUUACAAACUUCUCAAAUGGUCUUGUCUACUCCUGACGAAGAGUCAGUUUACCACUGUAUCAAAGAAUGCAUUGUGGAGAAUAGCCACUGCUCAGGCAUCCCUACUUCAUAUUCUUCUGCAAGGCUCUGUUCGAGUUCAAAAGGCUUGCAGACAGUUAUUUCUUCAUUUAUUUUUACAGCUACCGAACCUGUACAAAAUCUAUGUAGAGGAGCUAAAAGAUUCUAAAAUCCCUUGCAAGGAUAGCGCAGAGCUGAUAUUCUUGUUGCUGGACUUUUCGGUUAAAUCGCAGACCGAGUUUGAGCAACACAAGCCAAUUUUUCUCGAUAUUUAUGUCAAAGCAGUUCUAAGUGCAAAAGAUAAGCCAUCAAAGGAACUCAGUGAAGCUUUUAAUCCACUUUUCACGCAUAUGUCGCAUGAAGAUUUCAAGAGUCUCGUGGUCCCUUCAUCUGUAAAAAUGUUAAAAAGGAACCCAGAGAUUGUCUUAGAAUCUGUUGGAGAUCUGUUGAAGUCAGUCAAUCUUGAUUUGAGUAAAUACGCUGCCGAAAUUCUUUCGGUUCUACUACCUCAGGCCCGUCAUGCUGAAGAAGGAAGAAGACUGGGGGCUCUGGCUAUUGUAGGGGUUUUAAGCAAAAAGACGAGUGAUCCUGAUAGUAUACAAGCGAUGUUUAGCUGUAUCAAAGCUGUCAUUGGAGGCUCAGAAGGAAGACUAGCUUUUCCCUACCAGAGGGUUGGUAUGAUUAAUGCACUGCGAGAAUUGUCGAAAGCUCCUGAUGGAAGAGCGAUGAAUAACCUGACACCUACCGUAUGCAGUUUUCUUUUGUCUUGUUACAAAGAGGACGGAAAUGAAGAGGUUAAACUUGCAGUUUUAUCUGCAUUAGCAUCAUUGGCUGCAAGAUCCUCAGAAUCUAUCCAAACAGAGUUUCUUUCUUUUAUUGCUAAUGGCCUUAAGGAGAAGGAACCCAUAAGAAGAGGACAUCUUCGUUUACUGCGAUCCAUAUGCAAGAACUCUGAUAUCUGUGUACGGGUAUCAUCUUUGUUAGCCCCCCUUGUCCAUCUCGUGAAAACUGGUUUUACCAAAGCAGCACAAAGAUUGGAUGGAAUUUAUGCGUUCUUUGUAAUUGCAAAGAUUGCAGCAAUUGAUAUCAAAGCAGAAGAUCUGGUGUCAAAAGAGAAGCUCUGGACAUUGAUUUCCCAAAAUGAACCUUCAGUGGUGUCCAUUUCACUUGUUUCAAAAUUAUCUAGUGACGAUUGUAUUGCAUGCGUGGAACUUCUUGAGGUGUUGCUUGUGGAGCAUUUGCCUAGGGUGCUGGAAACCUUCUCUGUGAGGUCACUGUUACAGUCACUGCUGCACCUAGUUUGCCACUCAAGUUGGGAUGUGCGUAAAGUGGCUUAUGAUGCUCUGAAGAAGGUCAUCACGGGCUCGCCACAAUUGUGUGAUGAUCUCUUGCUUGAAUUUACAAGUUUUCUUUCUGUAGUUGGGGAGCGAAUGCAGCUUCUUAAAUUAAGUGAUGCAGGGACUUUGGUGGAUGCCCAAGCGCCCUUCCUUCCAUCUAUCGAGGUUUUAGUGAAGGCCCUGCUUGUCAUUUCAUCACGAGCUCUUGAUGCAGGACCUAAUGCUUGUGGAAAACUUUUAUUCUGUUCACAUCAUCCAUGCUUAGUUAACACAAAGAAAAGAGACGCAGUAUGGAAGAGGCUCAGCAGGAGUUUGCAGACACAUGGUUUUGAUGUUAUCAGUGUUAUUUCUACCAAUUUGGAGAACAUCUGCGCGGAUCUAGUUGGACAUAUGGGGCUGUUGAGUCCUUGCUCUUUUGAACAGGAUGCAGCUAUAACUUCUCUAUCGGCGUUGAUGUCGAUAGUUCCUAAAGACACCUAUAUAGAAUUUGAAAAGCAUUUGAACAAGCUUCCAGAACACUGUUUACAUGACAGACUUUCUGAAAGUGAUAUUCAGAUUUUUCAUACCCCAGAAGGUGUCCUCUCCAGUGAGCUUGGUGUUUACAUUGCAGAGUCUGUUGCUUCUAAGAACACAAAGCAAGCAAAGGGUCGCUUCCGAGUUUAUGAUGACCAAGAUGAUCUGGAACAUGGUAAACCUAGUCAUUCUGUUCAGAAAGAACCAACAAAGCGAGAAGCUACUGGUGUUGGAAAAAAGGACACUGGCAAGGGAGCAAAGAAAGUUGAUAAGUCUAAGACUGCAAAGGAAGAGGCGCGUGACUUGCAACUAAAAGAGGAAGCUAUAAUACGAAAGAAAGUUCAGAGUAUUCAGAGCAAUCUUUGUUUGAUGCUCAGAGCUCUUGGAGAAAUUGCUAUUGCUAGUCCUGUAUUUACACACAGUCAGUUGCCUUCACUGGUUAAAUUUGUUAGUCCUCUACUGCGGUCAGCGAUUGUAGGGGAUGUAGCAUUUGAAACCAUGUUGAAACUUGCAAGAUGCGUUGCUCCCCCUCUAUGUAAUUGGGCCCCUGAAAUUACUGCUGCUUUGCGUAUUAUUGCCACUGAGGAAGUACGUGUUAUAUGGGACCUGAUUCCUAUAGCUGGUGAAGGGGAAGGCCGGAAACGCCCAUCCAUGGGGCUUUUUGAGCACAUUAUUAAUGGAGUAUCUACAUCCUGCAAAUAUGGACCUCUUCCAGUAGAUAGCUUUAUUUUCAUAUUCCCGAUAAUGGAGCAGAUAUUGUUGUCUUCAAAGAAAACAGGGCUUCAUGAUGAUGUGCUUCGCAUACUCUCUCUGCACCUGGAUCCGAUAUUACCACUUCCUAGGCUUCAAAUGUUAUCAGUUCUUUAUCAUGUUCUGGGCGUUGUGCCAGCUUAUCAAGCAUUAGUUGGACCAAUGUUGAAUGAGCUAUGUUUGGGUCUACAAACUGAAGAACUUGCACAUGCUCUCUGUGGAGUAUACGCAAAAGAUGUUCAUGUGAGGCUUGCUUGCUUAAAUGCCAUUAAAUGUAUCCCCUCAGUUUCUGGCCGAUCUCUUCCUCAGAAUGUUCAAGUUGGAACAAGCAUUUGGAUUGCUCUUCAUGAUGCAGAAAAGUCUGUUGCAGAAGUAGCAGAGGAUGUUUGGGACCGUUAUGGACAUGAUUUUGGAACUGAUUAUUCGGGACUGCUUACCGCACUUUCUCAUGUCAACUAUAAUGUCCGUCUAGCGUCUGCCGAGGCAAUGGCAGCCACUUUGGAUGAAAAUCCAGAUACCAUACAGGAAACUCUGGCAACCCUUUUUUCUCUAUAUAUCCGUGAUCUUGUUUCUGGAGAGGACAGCGUGGAUUCUUGUUGGCUCAGUAGACAGGGAGUAGCUCUCGCAUUACAUUCUGCAGCUGAUGUAUUAAGAACGAAGGACCUUCCUGUUGUCAUGACUUUCCUUAUAUCACGGGCCUUGGCUGACACUAAUACGGAUGUUCGAGCGCGAAUGAUUAAUGCUGGAAUUAUGAUUAUUGAUAAGCACGGAAAGGAUAAUGUUUCAUUGUUGUUUCCUAUUUUUGAGAACUAUCUGAAUAAGAAGGCAUCUGAUGAGCGAAAGUACGAUUUAGUACGUGAGGGAGUUGUGAUAUAUACUGGAGCUCUUGCAAAACAUUUGGCAAAGGACGAUCCUAAGGUCAACACAGUUGUUGUGAAGUUGCUGGAUGUAUUAAACACUCCAUCAGAGGCGGUUCAGCGAGCUGUUUCUAGUUGCUUAUCACCACUCAUGCAUUCAAAGCAAGAAGAUGCCCAAGCACUUGUUUCAGGCCUGUUGGAUAAGUUGAUGCGCAGUGAUAAGUAUGGGGAGCGCCGUGGUGCCGCAUUUGGACUUGCUGGGGUAGUCAAAGGUUUUGGAAUCUCUUCUUUGAAGAAAUAUGGUAUUACGUCUGUACUGCAAGAAGGGCUGCAGGAUAGGAACUCUGCAAAAGCUCGUGAAGGAGCUCUGCUUGGAUUUGAGUGUCUUUGCGAGAAGCUUGGAAGAUUGUUUGAACCGUACGUCAUUCAAAUGUUGCCGCUGCUGUUAGUAUCUUUCUCGGACCAAGUUUUAGCUGUGCGUGAAGCUGCUGAAUGUGCUGCUCGUGCAAUGAUGUCACAACUUAGUGGUCAGGGAGUGAAACUUGUUCUUCCUUCGCUCCUUAUGGGGCUAGAGGAUAAAGCCUGGAGAACAAAGCAAAGUAGUGUGCAACUACUUGGGGCAAUGGCUUACUGCGCUCCGCAACAGUUGUCUCAGUGCCUCCCUCGGAUUGUACCCAAGCUUACAGAGGUUAUGACAGAUACUCAUCCAAAAGUUCAGUCAGCAGGGCAAAUGGCACUUCAGCAGGUUGGGAGUGUGAUAAAGAAUCCUGAAAUAUCAGCUCUAGUCCCUAAGCUUUUGAUGGGGCUCAGUGAUCCUAACGAAUAUACAAAACACUCUCUGGAUAUUCUCCUGCAAACAACUUUUAUCAACUCAAUUGAUUCUCCUUCGUUGGCGCUCUUAGUACCUAUAGUCCAUAGGGGAUUGAGGCAGAGGAGUGCUGAAACUAAAAAGAAGGCAGCGCAGAUAGUUGGAAAUAUGUGUUCAUUAGUCACGGAACCGAAGGACAUGAUUCCUUACAUAGCCUUGCUGCUUCCUGAAGUCAAAAAGGUUCUUGUAGAUCCUAUACCAGAAGUUCGGGGUGUUGCUGCUCGGGCUCUUGGAUCUCUUAUCAGAGGAAUGGGAGAAGAGAGGUUUCCAGAUCUUGUUUCUUGGUUGCUAGAUACACUUAAAUCUGAUAAAUCUGAUAGUAGUAAUGUUGAGCGCUCCGGAGCUGCCCAAGGAUUGAGUGAGGUUUUAGCCGCCCUUGGGAAAGAGUACUUUGAGCAGUUAUUACCAGAUAUUAUUCGAAAUUGUUCUCAUCAGAGGGCAUCUGUUCGUGAUGGGUAUUUGACUCUUUUUAAGUACUUCCCAAGGUCAUUAGGUGUUGGGUUUCAGAACUACUUGCAGCAGGUGUUGCCUGCUAUUCUAGAUGGACUUGCUGAUGAGAACGAGUCUGUACGUGAUGCUGCGCUCAGUGCUGGUCAUGUUUUAGUGGAACACUAUGCAACAACGUCUUUACCGCUACUACUGCCAACAGUUGAAGAGGGUAUUUUCAAUGACAACUGGCGUAUUCGGCAAAGUUCAGUUGAGCUUUUGGGUGAUCUGUUGUUCAAGGUUGCUGGGACAUCUGGAAAAGCAAUUCUUGAGGGGGGUAGCGAUGAUGAGGGUGCAAGCACAGAAGCACAGGGUCGUGCUAUUAUCGAGGUACUGGGUAGAGAGAAGCGUAAUGAAGUCCUUGCGGCAGUGUAUAUGGUUAGAACCGAUGUCAGCUUAUCUGUCCGACAGGCUGCCGUGCAUGUGUGGAAGACCAUCGUGGCAAAUACUCCAAAGACUCUCAAGGAGAUAAUGCCAGUGUUGAUGAAUACAUUAAUUGCUUCGCUUGCAUCCUCAUCUGCUGAAAGGCGACAGGUUGCCGGUAGAGCCCUUGGCGAGCUUGUUAGGAAGCUUGGAGAAAGAGUGCUUCCAAUGAUUAUCCCUAUUUUAGCUGAUGGCUUAAAAGACUCGAGUACCAGCAGAAGACAAGGGGUGUGCAUUGGUUUGAGUGAGGUGAUGGCUAGUGCUGGCAAGAACCAGUUGCUGAGUUUCAUGGAUCAGCUCAUUCCUACAAUUAGGACAGCUCUGUGUGAUAGCACCGUGGAGGUUCGCGAGUCCGCUGGCUUAGCAUUCAGUACGCUGUACAAGAAUGCUGGAAUGCAAGCAAUUGAUGAAAUCGUCCCAACACUUCUUCAUGCUUUGGAAGAUGAUGAAACCUCUGAUACUGCCCUUGAUGGACUCAAACAAAUAUUAAGCGUCAGGACAGCGGCUGUUUUACCUCAUAUACUUCCGAAGCUGGUUCAUCCUCCUCUUACUGCUUUUAAUGCACAUGCUGUGGGAGCUGUAGCAGAAGUUGCUGGAUCUGGCCUCAACUUUCAUCUUGGAACCAUUCUUCCAGCAUUAAUACCUGCGAUGGAUGAUGAUGACAUGGAAAUCCAAAAUUUAGCAAAGAAGGCUGCAGAGACAGUUGUUUUGGUCAUUGAUGAGGAAGGUGUUGAGUCUUUGAUCUCCGAGCUUCUUAAAGGUGUUGGCGAUAACCAGGCUUUAAUCAGAAGGGGUUCAUCAUAUCUGAUAGGAUACUUCUUUAAAAACAGCAAGCUCUACUUGGUUGAUGAAGCUCCAGAGAUGAUAUCAACUCUUAUUGUUUUGCUUAGUGAUUCGGAUUCCGCUACUGUUGCGGUUGCAUGGGAAGCAUUAUCAAGGGUUGUUGGCUCCAUUCCAAAGGAAGUAUUGCCAUCUUAUAUAAAAUUAGUACGUGAUGCUAUAUCCACAUCUAGAGACAAGGAACGUAGAAAAAGAAAGGGAGGGCCUGUUCUUAUACCUGGACUGUGUCUCCCGAAGGCUCUUCAGCCGUUGAUUCCGAUCUUCCUCCAGGGCUUAAUAAGUGGCUCGGCAGAACUAAGAGAACAAGCUGCACAAGGUUUAGGGGAAUUGAUUGUAGUGACUAGUGAGAAAGCACUUAAAGAGUUCGUGGUCCCAAUUACCGGGCCUCUCAUCCGAAUCAUAGGCGAUCGAUUCCCUUGGCAAGUGAAAAGUGCCAUUUUGUCAACCCUGUCAAUCAUAAUAACCAAGGGUGGGAUUGCACUUAAGCCGUUUCUUCCUCAGCUCCAGACAACAUUUAUCAAGUGCCUGCAGGAAAGCGCGAGGACUGUGCGUUCUAGUGCAGCUCUUGCACUUGGAAAGCUUAGUGCUCUUAGUACAAGGGUUGAUCCUUUGGUGACAGACCUUCUUUCCAGUUUGCAGACAUCAGAAGGUGGAGUACAGGAAGCUGUAUUAGCUGCUUUAAAGGGUGUCAUGAAGCAUGCAGGAAAGAGUGUUAGCAAUGCUGUUAGAUCUCAUGCCGUUGGUCUUUUGAAAGAUUUAAUUAAUCUUGAUAAUGAUAAAGUUCAAAGUUUUGCUGCAAGGGUGUUGGGCACCAUCUCUGAGUUUAUGGAUGACAGCGAGCUCUUUGACCUACUUCAGACAGUAUCAGAGAUGAUGUCAUCACCAACCUGGUUGCUCAGGCAUGGUGCAGUCCUUACAGUCUCUUCCAUUCUUCGGCACAACUCAUCUUUGAUUUGCCUCGCUCCAGUUUUCCCAACCAUUGUUAAUCACCUCAAAGAUACUUUGCUAGAUGACCAGUUCCCAAUUCGAGAGGUAACAACAAAGGCAUUUGGAAGGCUUUUACUUCACCAAACUAAAAGUGAGCGCAGUACUCAGCUAGAACUUCUUCCAUUUUUGGCAUCAGCUUUGCGGGAUGAUUCAAGUGAAGUAAGAAGAAGAGCUUUGUCGUGCUUAAAAGCAGUAUCAAAGGCGAAUCCUUCUGCAGUUGCGGCCUUUGUACCAAGUUUGGGUCCUGCACUGGCCGAGUGUUUGAAGGAUGGCAGUACUCCUGUUCGCCUUGCUGCUGAGAGAUGUGCUUUACAUGUCUUCCAGUUGACUAAAGGUACAGAGAAUAUCCAGGCUGCCCAAAGAUUUAUCACAGGGUUGGAUUCCAGACGGCUCUCCAAGCUUUCAGAAAAUAGUGAUGCGAGUGAUGAUAGUGAAGAUGAUAUGACAAGUGCUUAAGCUGAUCCUUUUUUACAGUGGAUCUCCACGCUUAGUUUUACAAUGGCAUCGACAGGAUGAGAUUUUGUAAAGUCGGCGGAUAAUUCUAGUUAGCAUUUCAAGACAUAAUCAUAUUUUUGUAAUGCAAAAUCUAUACGGCAAAAAGAAAACUUAAAAAGGAGUAGGAAACGAGUUUAAAAGCUCCAAUUUUAUCUCGCAGUCUUUUUGACGUAUGUGUAUAUUUGUUUUGAAUCGUCCACAGAUAAAUUAAUUUUGUAUCCAAGGAUCGGCUGGUUUACCCUUUCUAUUUUGUGGGCUUUUUGCAUCAGAACACUAUUAAAGAAGUAGGAGAAUCAGAGAAAUUUGUAGAAAUGAGAUGCCAUUUGCACAAUUCUCUUAAAAUCUGUCUUUAUUAUCCAAGAAAUCUUAAGUU